AUGGACGUCGAACUUUACGUCUAUGAUCUCUCCGGGGGGAUGGCCCGACAAUUUUCCAUGGCCCUCAUCGGACAACAAAUCGACGCGAUUUACCACACGUCAAUAGUCCUGGAUCGCGUAGAGUACUUCUUUGGCCAAGGGAUUCAUCGCAAGAUACCUGGAACCACGCAUCAUGGCCGGCCGAUGAAAGUGGUCAACUUGGGCAAAACACAUUUGACCGCCGAUGUGAUCGAGGAGUACCUCCAAUCACUGGAAGCGAUAUACACGCCUGAGUCGUACGAUCUUUUCGUCCACAACUGUAACAACUUCUCGCAAGAUCUGUCGAUGUUCCUGGUCGGUAAGAGCAUCCCAGAAGAGAUCCGAAGCCUGCCUGAAACGUUCUUGCGGACACCGAUGGGCCAGAUGCUACGAGGGCAGAUCGAUCAGAGUAUGAGGACGAUGACUCAAGCACCAGACGCCGUGUCCGGUCACAAUGCGCCCCGACCGCAGACGAAUGGCGCAAAGCCUGCAGUCUCAGCCCCGCUCCAGACCAAUGGCACAAGUUCGUCUGCUCCUGUUGCCGCACAACUCAAGCCGCUUCUGAUCAACGGCACCGCACCCACGCCACGGCCAGGGCAGGUCUACAACGUUACAUCUAUGUCGGUCUUCGACAGCACAGACAUUGGGUCCAAGUACUCGAUACGAGCAACACCCACCCUCAUCACCUUCCUCAAGGGCCAGAAGCUAGAACAGUGGUCGGGCGCCGACAGCGCUGCUCUCCGAGGAAACCUUCCACAAUCUCGUCACUUCGCCCACCACGUUCGCCAAAACCCCACCACUGGACAAACUCCUGGCGAAGAUGGGCCAUACGGCGCGCACAUCGCGAUCAAACAGCUCGUUGAGUACAUUCGACGACGAGACACCGAAGGGAUCAGCAACGCCCCGCUUCCUGACCUCGGGACAAUCACACACGCCAUCACCAGCGUAUUCCCCAAAAUACCCACAGAAGCCCAAUUCGCCCUCGUCGACCUCGUCCGCAUCGGUGCCAUCGACCCACGCGUGGCCUCAUACCUAACAACCAAUCCGACACUACUCACCCUGCUCUUCCAGAACAAUUCCUGGUCAACAGCACCAGCGAACCUCCGCCUCCUCGAAGAGCUGGCCGCUACCUGUGUAGUGCCAUCCCAGGAUGCCACCACCAACGCCACGACUCAGAGAGCACGCCAGGCUGCUACCGCAGUGAUCUACAACUUAGCAGCACUCAAUCACAACGAACGCGUGCAAGAUCGAGCCGAUACAUCUCCAGUUUCGGAAGACGUCGAGGCUGCCCUCGUGAGCGCAGUGUUCGAGGAGACCGAAAGCCGGGAGACUCUACAGAGCAUGUGUAUGGCUCUCGGCAUGCUGCUCUAUGGCGCAGAGGAGGGCAACGGCGUUGAGGCGCUGUGUGAUGCGAUGGAGCUCAGCGACUGUCUCAAGGAGAAGGAGAAUCUGCCGGCAUUCAAGGGCGACGCUCUCCUCAAAGAGCUUCGAGAAUUACUGGCGCGAAAGUGA